UUAGAGAAGCCUCCGCGAUUAAUGAUAUUUCAAUUAAAUAUUUUCGUUAUCAAUUUCCCGUCAUAACGCCGCUUUCGAGUUUAUUUACCUAGUUUUGGAGUUUUUUCGGGUUGUUUACGGGUUCGCGAUUUCGCGCGGGCCCCUUCGAGCCGUGUUUACCCGUCGCGAUAUUUUUUUCGGGGUUUCCUUUUUUUUUUUUUCAUAAAUAUUUAUUUUUCGGGCCCGCGGCCGGUGUUAAGUGUUGUGCGAGUCGCGGAGUGUCUGUGGAUUCCGGUUGCGGUCUUUGCGGCCGACCCCACUUUAUCACCUUCGUGUUGAUGUUUCGGUCAGGAUCCCUUGGUCUCGCCCGAGCUCUGAAUGUAAACGAACAGCCCUGAGCAGCGGCCGAACAUUCCCGUCGGCGAAGCCAUGACGCCAAGCAUGAUCAAAGCCGAGGCACCGACCACCACAGUGCUCCACGAGAACAUCAACAUCCUCCACCACCACUCGCAUCACGUUUACCUUCACCCGAGAAUCCCAACGCCCACCGAAAACCUUCACUCACGACUGUCAACUUCAGACGCGUUACACUCACGACUGUCAACUCCAGACGCGUUACACUCACGACUGUCAACUCCAGACGCGUUACACUCACGACUGCCAACAUCAGAUGCGUUGCACUCACGACUGCCAACUCCAGAUGCGUUACACUCACGACUGUCAACUCCAGAUACGUUACACUCACGACUGCCAACUCCAGAUGCGUUACACUCACGACUGUCAACUUCAGAUGCGUUACACCCACGACUGUCAACUUCAGAUGCGUUACACUCACGACUGCCAACUCCAGAUGCGUUACACACACGACUGUCAACUCCAGACGGCCUGCACCCGCGAGUUUCAUCCAGCGAUGCGCUGCAUUCUAGAUUGCCUACACCAACGGAUUCGUUACACCAAAGAACACCAACGUCAGCUGAAGUGCUGCACCACCAGAGGCUGCCGACACCCACAGAAGCCACUUCAACGGUGCCUUCCGACUGUGCUCCAGCGUCCGGAACCAAGGGGUCCAAAGCGACAGGGACCAAGCCCAAGUCAAACCAAGGGGUCCGCCGGCAAGAGAAACCGCCUUACUCUUACAUCGCGUUGAUCGUCAUGGCGAUUCGGAACUCGCCGAUGAAGAAGCUGACGCUGAGUGAGAUUUAUACGUCGUUGCAGCAGGAGCACGAGUUUUUCCGCGGGAGCUAUCAAGGCUGGAAAAAUUCUGUGCGUCACAACCUCUCCCUGAACGAGUGCUUCAUCAAACUACCGAAAGGGAUCGGGCGUCCGGGGAAAGGGCACUACUGGACGGUCUCCCCGGCCUCGGAGUCCAUGUUCGAGGACGGCUCCUACCGGCGCAGACCGCGCGGCUACAAGAAGAAGUGCCAACCCUUCCAGCACCAGCUCCCGCACUCUCACUCGCACGCUCACCCCUCCGUCUUCAUGGCGCCCAACGUCGGAGCCGCCAACGUCAACUCCAUGCUCCAAACCGUCAACCAGUACGAGCAAAUGCAGGGCUACCAGGUGCAGAACGACUACUCCUCAGCGCCGAGUUGCGUCUCUCCGUCGUUCAACACGUACCACUACGCGGGCCUGAGCGGGAACCUGGAGUACGGGGCGCCGACGGGCGGCCACCACCCUCACGCCCCGGUCCCGACGCCCGUCUCGGCCGCGGGAGGGGCGCCCUUCGAGAGGGACCCCGUCUCCUGGAUGUGCGCCUUCCAGAACGAGCCCUUCCUCAAGCCCUCCUUCAACUCCGUCCCCAUGUCCGUCCCGCUGCCGGUCCCCGUCGAUGGCGGGGCCUCCAACGAGUAUUUUCAUCAGUACUCUCUCCCGCACUCUAAUAUCGAUGGUUUACGAAGUUAUCAAACGGAGAGGAAGCCUGUCGUUGCAUCAAGUCAAGCACCGGUCAAUUUCCUGCCGAAUGAAUCCUCUCAAGCGGUUUACUACAACGACUGCCUCAAAUACUCAUAACCAAGGGUAUUGUCACGUUGGCAGGUAGACAAAGUUUGGGAAAGCCGUCAUACUUGAAUUAUCUGGAGAAUUGAUACGUUUAGAAAUCGGUCCGUGCAAGUUUUGGUGCUAGUUUUUUCAUCGAAUUUUUGGAUGAAAAGUCAUGGUUUGAUGGCUCAAUGUUCAGUGAUUUAUGGAUUUUGUAAUUAGUGAAAACAAAUACUUAUGGAUCAGAUCUACUCAUGAGCCUUAAAUAGUUGCAUUUUUAUGUCAUUUGUACUUACUGUAAGUAAAAUACCCGUGCCUUUGAAAAUUCGGAAUGUAAAAUUCUUAUAAUUAUAAAACAUAUUUUUUAAGGAA